GGCAAUGCUGUUGGCUGCGCGUUGACUUGCCGGUGCACGCGGUUAUUUAAAAAGUAAAUAAAUAGUCUAUUCCAACUGUUCUUUCUUAGUUUAAAAAAGUGAAUGAAUGAAUGGAUUGUUUAAAAAUAUAAUGCAGUGAAGUUGUGAUCAUUCUAUUGUAUUUUUUUAGAAAAAGGAAAAGUUAAACAAGUGAUGAUGCAGGCGUCUUCGAGCAGCGAGCGCACUCCGCUGGUGCAGCCGACGUAUGUGUUCGAGUCCAGCCUCGCUCGCCGCUACCAGAAGAGGCUGCACCACAUGCAGUGUGUUAUGUGUGUUUUUAUCAUCGCGAUACUAAUGGUGGCUCUACUGGUCACCGUAUCAUACAACUUGAGCCAAGAUACAGAUGAUGAUAUCACCACGGAGCCUAGUGAACCUGCACUGCCUAUACCAGGGAAUCUGACGCUGCUGAAGAUGUCUCCCGGCAUGGUGCCAUCUGGUAACCUCACUGCUGCUAACGGAACGUUGAUGGCUGUGCCGCCUGCCUUGCAGCCAUUGCUGGACCUGAAGUGGCCUUUGAAAGAACAACCACCAGCUGCAUGGGCAAACGAGGCCCCAAGCAAGGCCCAGAUAGCAUCAGCUCUUUUAGAAGGGAAGGCGGCCUUGAAGGAAAAAACGAAGGCAGAAUGGCUGCGUCGGCCAUUGGACAUGGACACACCAGCGAAUAGGGCUCAAAGAGCAGCAGCCACUUCAGCUGAUGUCAAGCCUUUAGCUGACUCUGCUUAUGCUGCAGAAGUAGCCACUAAAGCUCUUAUGAAUGGCACGGACAUAUCCCUGCGUCCUGGCGGAUCGGGGCAGGGUCCUUCCCUAAACGGCUCGUUCCCAGUGCCAGCCUACUGCAGCACCACCCCCAUACCCUGUGCUCUAUCCAGGUAUAGGACCACGGACGGCACGUGCAACAAUCUGGACUAUCCACUACGAUGGGGAGUUUCUAAGACUCCGUUUAGACGAGUGCUUCCUGCUGACUACGGUGAUGGCAUAAGCUCCCCUCGACAAGGAGUGGACGGUGCAGCUCUGCCCAGCGCCAGGGAUGUGAGCGUAACUGUACAUAGGCCAAGCUAUGCCCACGAUUCUGCUUUUACUGUCAUGUUGGCUGUGUGGGGCCAGUUCGUGGACCAUGACAUCACUGCAACGGCUCUUAGCAAAGGUCAAAAUGGUACAGCUUUGUCGUGCUGCGACCCGAACCAGAUCCCUCACCCGGAGUGCUUCCCAGUGCGGCUGGAUGAAGAGGAUCCGUUCUACCAGGACUACAACAUCACUUGCAUGGAGUUCGUGAGGUCCGCUCCGGCGCCCACUUGCCAUUUCGGUCCCAGAGAGCAGUUGAACCAAGCCACGGCGUUCAUAGACGCGUCCACAGUGUAUGGGUUCGCAGAAGCUCGCAGUGCGUCGCUCCGGUCCUUCGUUGGUGGCCAGCUGCGGAUGCUGAAGAUAGGAGCCACCCAACUACUGCCGCCCUCUACCGACCCCAACGACAGUUGCAACACUGCUGAGAUGAACGCCAAGGGACGAUACUGCUUUGAGUCAGGAGACGAUCGUGCCAACGAGAACCUCCACCUGACGACGAUGCACCUGAUCUGGGCGAGACAACACAACCGCGUGGCGGCCGCGCUGCGCAAGUACAACCCGACGUGGGACGACGACACCGUAUACCAGGAGGCCAGGAAGAUUCUGGGGGCACAGAUGCAGCAUAUCACCUAUACAGAGUUCCUGCCUAGUAUACUCGGAUGGGACGUGAUGUGGGCUCUGAACAUGACAGUGGAAGAGGAGGGCUACUCCAACGUGUACGACCCCACCGUGGACCCUUCCAUCGCCAACCACUUCGCUUCUGCUGUCUUUAGAUUCGCGCACACUUUGCUACCGGGUCUAAUCCACAACACGGACAAGAGUACCGGCACCAUACAGUACACACACCUCCAUCAAAUGCUGUUCAAUCCAUACACCCUGUACACCAAGAAGGGUCCCAUAAACGCUGUCACCUCUGCCAUGGCCACCCUCGUGCAUACUGUGGACCCACACGUUACUACUGAGCUAAGCAACCAUUUGUUCGAAAAACCUGUGAUGGCCAACACAUCAGAUACUGAGAACAAGAAGCCAGGUCCAUGCGGGUUGGAUCUGGUCUCCCUGAACAUUCAACGCGGCAGGGACCAUGGUCUGCCUCCCUACCCACAAUGGAGGGAGCACUGUGGGCUGUCCAGGCCGAAGAACUUUACCGACUUACAAGCGAUAUUCGACGAGUCAUCGCUCAGUAGGAUUUGCAAGAUUUACAAUUCCGUGGACGAUAUAGAUUUAUACACGGGUGCGUUAGCGGAGGACCCUAAGGGUCGUCUCUUAGGCCCAACCCUCACCUGCCUCAUCGCUGACCAGUUCUACAGGCUAAAGGUCGGCGACCGGUUCUGGUACGAAUCUUCGGAUGCCACCAUUGCAUUUACUUUGGAACAACUGACAGAAAUCCGCAAGACGACCUUAGCUGGAGUUAUCUGCGCCAACGAAGAUCUUCUAGACCAAGCACAGCCUCGAGUGAUGGAGGCAGUCAGUGCCACCAACCCACUGGUGGACUGCAAGGAGUUACCACAACCAAACUUAAGAGCCUGGGCCAAACCCAAGCCAUCAAAGACAUCGAAGUCCUAGACAGGAGCGAGUGAGGUAAUGUAGUGAUAGCUAGUCCGACACGAGGUGGAUGUUUGAACCUAAACCAGUUUGACAAUGUUUUAUAAUAAUCAUU